CGCCUCACCUGGAGAGCGUCGUAACCAGAUAAAGAUGAGAUGGAGUAAACUCAGGCGUUGUUCUUUUUUCAUGUGAUGCAUCCCUAGUCUCAUUCUCACAAUGUCAGACAAACUGAAGUAGUGGACUGGGAUAUGGAUGAAAGUGACGUGGAUGGCGUCAGGUCGGGGCUCGGUGCACGCGUGGGUGCAGCAGCGGCCAACGCCAGUCUGACAGACGGCGCGCGGCUCGUCCUGCCCCCCCGGACCAAACUGCUGCUGGAGAUCCUCAUGGUGCUGAUGUGUGUGGGCGCCGUGACAGGUAACAUUCUCGUCAUUGUUAUUGUUGCUGCAACAAAGACGUUUCACUCGGUGACGUCAGUGCUGAUCAUUAACCUGGCCAUCAGUGACCUGCUGGUGGGCGGUGGAGUGAUGCCUUUUGUUGCCGUGUCCAUCAUGAACAGUGGAUGGGUGGACUGUACUGAUCUCUGUCUGUAUGUGGGUUACACUUCCUCUGUGUACUGCACAGCUUCUGUCCUGACACUGGCUGCUAUUGCCCUAGACCGUUACCACUCAAUUAUGGACUGUCUGCGCUACAGCUCCCGUUGCACCCUGUGGCGGACCUGCUCUGUUGUCCUGUGGAUCUGGCUGCAGGCCCUGGCCACCAGUUGCCCUCCUCUGCUGGGCUGGAGCUCCGUCAGCUAUGUGGUGCCCAUGUACAGCUGUGCAGUCAACUGGGCCAGCAGUCUCAGCUACACUGCCUUCAUGGCGACUCUUUCCUACCUCAUGCCGGCAGCAGUCAUCCUCUUCUGCUAUGUCAACAUUGUUAAGGUGGCCCGCAGCCAUGCCAGGAAGAUUCAUAACCUGGAGGACCACCUACAACAAAGCAGGAGGAGUUCCAACACUGUCCCUGCUUCUAGUAGUUUACACCAUCAGCAAUGUAGGAGCCAUCACAGUACUUCUACACUACUUUAUCAUCUCACUGGACAGUUUCUGCCUACGGAUCGUAGAAUAGAAGGGCAUUCCUUACACCCUGCUCUUCCUGACUCAGCUACCACGCAGCCCUCCUCCUGUCCUACUUCCAGACGCCUGUUCUCCUUCCUGGGUCAGAGCACCUCUCAGCCUCCACAGCACAACUCCCAGCAACACCAUCAUUACCACCAACAUGGAGUCGUGCGUCUCUUCAUGGUCAUGUCAGCUUUCUUCCUGUGCUGGACUCCUUAUGUGGCAGUGACUGCGGUUCAGGCCACUGAAACUGCCCUAUCAGGCCAGUCCAGCCUUGUCCCACCCGCUGCUGUUACCUUCUCCUACUGGCUGGUGCUGCUCAACUCAGACAUCAAUCCACUGCUGUACGCUCUGCUGAGCAAACGUUUCCGGGGUGCCCUCCGGGGCCUGAAGCAGAAGAUAGGAGCUCGCCUUGGUAGUGUGGUGGGCAAGGGAGGAGAGGUUAAAGCAGAGGGAUAUGAUGACAAGGGCAGUGACCCGUGCACUUUGACAACCACUCAUCAUAUUCCACGUUCCAGUUCUGGGAUUUCAGCCUGUGAUGAAUCUACAUAUUGCUCUUCUAUUUUCACUAUUAACACCAACUUCAAACACCACUCCAAAGAGCAUAUCUGCAAUGUGUGUCUCCCUGGAAGUACCUCCCCAUCCUGCUCCCUAUGGCAGGACUCAGGUAGUGACAGGAUGGUGGACUGCCUGCAGGUCCCUUCUCGGACACUGGAGGGCAGCAGAUUACCUUUCUCUGCUCUUACCAGGGAACAACAGGCCACUUUCUUCUAUGGCCAGAUUACAGUGAGAGUAGAACAUGAUGUUUGCUAGUCCUGUUCAGUUCAUUUGCAGGAAAAUUUCCACAGGUGACAUUCAGACACGUAAUAGUUCACUUCAUACUUUCACAUCACUGCUCACUUGUAACAUAAUUAAAAUGAUUUAUUGAGCAUGCAUGAUUGUAGGUCAUGUCAUAGCUUUUCAUGUUCUGGCCAACUUGACCCCCCAUUUGAAGUGAUUUUGCCCUCGGGAUUGUGAUACGAACAGGUAAUUCAGAGUGUUUUAACUAUUAAGUUGUUUAGAUGUCAUACCUGAACACUGACAAAGAGAUUAAGACAUAAUUUUAAAUUAAUCACUCAUGCAUAUUUUGUAAUACAGUUUCUAGUGAUUCAAGUUAUAGUGAAAUUAAACUAUUCCUCAUUUUGCUGAGGACCCCCUGGAAGCCCCUCAAGGACCCCUGGGGGUCUGCGGACUCCACUUUGAAAAACACAGCAUGAAUGUAUAUGCAUUUGAUAUCAAAGUGUUGCUGAGAUUAAAGUUGCACUAACCUUAUGCUACAAAUUACUUUAACUUAUCUGUUUUUGGCCUUUUCCUGUGACUGUGAAGCACAGUACACUGUGCUGUGUAUGAGUCAUACAUUAUGCACGAACAGUGGCAAGGAGAAAAUACAACUGCACAUGGAAAUCUAUUGAAAAGAAAUCUUUUAUGUAGUACAUGUGAUUACAUUUGAAGACACCCAACAAUAGAUCUAAUAAACUCAUUAUUUAUUCACGCUCUAAAUAUUUUUCCUCAAAUGUGAUAAUCAUAUGUUGCAUUU